AUGUUCUUUUAUGUCUUUAUGAAUGAACUUUUUUUAAACCUUUCACCUUCAGAAGGCGGUUCACGUUGCCUUACUCGGAAAAAGUUGGAUGGUGAUACGGCCUGUCGACUCUACACAACGUACGAUCGGCGCAGUGUAAAUGGAAGACUGUACAUUUCAACUAACUUUGUGUGCUUUGGCUCUCGGGUAGGUGGAUGAUGUACGACAGGUUGAAAGUUGAAGAGAGUGAUUUUAAAUAUACAUACCGAAUACAUAGACAUUCAUUACAAGCAACAACAUGUUUUAUUUUUUAAUGUUACCUAUAAUAACACUUUACUACAAGACAUUUUAAAAAACACUUGUUUACUAUGUUUACACAGUGACGCAUAGUAGAAACACAUUAACUAAUUAUUGUAAAAACCUUAAAUAAUCAAAGUCACGAGGCUCUCGUUUAAGGUCGAGCGACUGGUCAGCGUUGUAAUACUAAUCAAGUUGAUUGAUAAGGUGGAGAUAUUUUCGGACACCAACAAUGUAGCCCAUAACGGUAUUCAAAUUAAACUCAAAAAUGGACGAAACAUACAAUUGAAUGGGUUUUCGGAUCGACAGACGGUUUUCGAGCGGCUAAAAACGUUUUUACUCAAGUCGAAGCUGAGAGACGCCAGACAGAAGGAGAAUAUGGUAAGGGGUUUGUUUAUUCUAACAAGUUUGUAAAGGGUAAUUUGGGGUUUACAGACAGUAAAUUACAGUGAUAGGGAAAGCAAAUUAAAAAGUACGGAGAAUUUGAAGUUUACGGUAGUUAAUCAAUUAGAAAUAUAUUGUUUUAGGUAACAAAAAAUAGAAUUUGAUAGGAAGUCAUGUUCAAAUAAAAUUUUAUUUAAUUUUGGACUAAAAUAUGUAUAAUAACACAGUUUACUGACUAAUGUUGCUUUAGAUCAAGUUACAAUCUCAGUUCACAGAAUUGGAUGAAGAUUGCUUGAGGCAAAUCUUAUCAAAACCUUUGUUUAAACGUUAUCCACCCCGCGAUAAUGUGGAUGAGAAGUUGAAGAGGAAAUGGGAACGAUUCAACGAAACCUACGGCGACGACUCGACGAUGUACAAGACUGUGGACUUGAGUAGGCUUCUACUCGAAGGUAAUUUAUAUUUUUGUGUUUUUUGUGUGGAGUAGGUUAAUAUUUAUAUGGUAGUAGAAAAAAAAUUGGCGGUAGAAAUAUCGGUAUACGAGUAGUAUAAUAUAUGUUGUGAUAUGUAAAUAAAGUUGAAUACCAAAAAUAUGAAGACACUAAUCUUACUCAAAAUUAACCUUUCAGGUGUCCCAAACGAAGAACGUGGCAGGUUAUGGGCGAUUUGUGCUGGCGCAGAUCUAGAAAUGAAGCUACAUCCAGGAGAAUAUCACUCGUUACUCAGUAAAUCUCGAGAUCAUUCAGCAUUCACGAUGGAAGAGAUUGAACGUGAUCUUCACCGUUCUCUCCCAGAACAUCCAGCCUUUCAAGGAGGACCUGGAAUCGAUGCGUUGAGGAGAAUAUUGGCUGCAUAUGCGGUUAGAAAUCCGAGUAUUGGUAAGUUUAUGUUGUAGUAGGUAUUGGUAGUUUAUUCUGGUUUAUCUUGAUAGGUGUUGUGGGCAAGCAGUAAUGGUGAAAGUAGAAAUUUUGCAUAAAAGUUGAAAAAGAACUAGAGUUUCAUCUAUACUGGGAUAUUUUUAAACAAUUUCAUAAGUACAAAGGCUGAUUAAUAUAGCUCUAAAAAUACCUUCAGGUUACUGCCAAGCGAUGAACAUUGUCGGAGCAGUACUACUUUUGUACUGUAGCGAAGAACAAGCCUUCUGGAUGUUAGUUGCAGUUUGCGAACGAUUCUUACCUGACUACUACAACACGAAAGUGGUAGGAGCUUUGGUAGAUCAAGGAGUUUUUGUUGAUAUUGUCAGCAGAACUUUGCCUGGAUUACACUCAAAGCUGCUACAAUUGGCCAUUGAUGAUAUGGUAGCAUUGUCAUGGUUUUUGACAAUAUUUUUGAAUGCUAUCAAGUUUGACGCGGCUGUCAGAAUCCUGGAUUUGUUCUUUUACGAAGGCUCGAAGGUAGGCUCGGAUGGAGUAAUAUAAUCUUUAGGCUUGGGCAGUGUAAUAUAAAUUUAAUUUGUAAUUUGAUUUUUUAUAUUUGUUGUUUAUUAUGGGUUAAAAAUCUACUGCAGUAUCUACUGUAGUAGCUACUGUUAUGUCAAAACAAAAUUACAUUGUUUUAGUUCAUGUUCCAAAUGGCGCUACAGAUUCUGAAAGAAAAUUCAGAAGCGUUACAAAAGGCUCGAGAUGAUGGUGAAGCGAUAUUGGCUCUAGCCAAUUAUGUUUCCAGAAUUACCGAGUGUAAAGUAGAAAACUCACAGUAUAUUUAUGUUGGGAAACUGAUAGCCAACUCGUUCAGAAGCUUUGGAACGUCAUUUACUAACAAGGAUGUGGAGAAGUUGAGGCUCAAACAUAGACUGAAAGUUGUUCAGGUAGGUAUUGAGGUUUAUUGGCGGGGUAAAAUUUGUUUUUAAUGAGAUAGAAAUUGUUUUUAAUCAAGUAAAAAGUCACAAAUUUUGGAAAAAUUAAAUUUCAAAACAUUUAAAAAUUUUUUAAUUUGUACUAUAAGCCUUUUCUCUACUCUUUCUAUGAUAAUUUAUGCAAUAUUUUUAACUUUUUUGUCUAUGUAAAACUAUAUUUUUCACAAUUUUAGAACCUCGAAGACAGUCAAAUGAAAUCAGCGAUCAAAAGCGUUGGAUCAGACUGUAAACUGGACCCAGAAGAGCUCCAACAACUUUAUAAUCUGAUCAAAGAACAGUACCUAUUAAAUUGGCAUACUCGACUGGGCACUCGUACUGAAAGCACAGACAAACAAAGAGAUAGUCAAGGACAAUAUAAGAUUGAUUUGGAGCUGUUUUACCACAUAUUCCCACAGCUAUUGCCUUGGCAGUGUUCUAGGCUGUUUGUUAUGCGUGUGUUCAGGGUAAGAUUACUAUACUUUUAUUUCUUUUUGUAUUAUUUUGAUACUGUAACUUUGAGAUGUAACUUGAGGGUGGUUACUGUACUUUAAUGUUAUUUUUUGUUGUAAUGUGGUGUUGAAUUUUUUUUAUAAUAUAAGGGUUUUGUAAUGUUAUUGAUUGUUUUAGCUGCUGGAUAUGGGCCAAAAUGGAUACGUGACGUUCAAAGAAAUGGCUUUUGUUAUUGGCACAUUAUUGAAGGGUGAUUCCAUCGAAAAAGUGACAUUUUUAUAUCGACUACACAUUCCACCGGCUUCUUUGGAAAACGAGUUUGAAGAACAUGGUCUCUGUAACAGUUUGAGCAACAAUGACAUGAAGGAUGGUAUGUUAGGAUUAAAAAUUGGAUUUGUAACCUAUUUUUUGAAAUUUUGAGACAAGUGCACAAAAUGAAACAAUUUAUGGGUUUUACUAUACAAAAUACAAUGAAAAUUGCUUUUUAUCAUAAAUAUAACGUUAUGUUAACUACACAGUAUAGUAUCUAAACUCAUAGUAUUCACAGUUUCAGAUGAAGGCUCAGAAGUAGCGACAGAAGCUGCCGACCUGCUGGAAGCGGAAAAAGGAGUUCACAAGUCAGCAAGCUCGAGCAGUGUCAGUACCGAAGAUCGUCCAGGGCCUUCGAACAUGAAAAACAGUCAAUCAGUGCCAUCUGGAUUCGACACAACCAGUCUGGUCGAAUCGUUGAGUGACCAAAGUUCAGUUGUGUCAAGACAAAACUUCACUCCACGAUUAUUCCCAGGCUCUCCUUUGUCAGACUUCAGCAUUCCUGACAAUGAGCAUAGUGAAGUUAGCGGUAAGUUAAAGGUUUUUGACAAAACUGUUAUGUUAUUUGGAUAUAAUCUUGUAUAACGAAUUUUAAAAUAUAGUGGAAGGUACUUUUGGCGAUAAUAGCUUGUAUAAUAUAUAUAAGUAUUAAUACAAUGACUUACAGACAGUUUCUCAAUGGUUGAAGAUGUGAACGACGCGGUAAAAGCCUUGUCUUUAAAGAUGAACAACACCAGUUUGAGCAAGUUCGAAAUAAAUUCUGAUGUGGAAGUCACGCAAAUUAAUCAGGUAAGGACAUUUUUCAUAUUUCAUCCAUUUUGUCGUAUAUUAUACUAUACUACCUUAUAUUACUUUACGUUGACUUACCUUAAUUUACUUUCUUUUUUUCUUGUUUCACUCUAUUGUACUUUACAUACUAUACUUUAUCUUGCUUUUAUAGCUGUCUUACUCACUAUUAUUUUUAAAACUUCUGGAGUUGGGUAUUUAAUAUCGAGGUGUGUAUGUAGUAUGCUAUCUUGAUUUUGAUAAUGGAACUGGUAUUUAACAUAUAUUACUAUAUACCUUAAUAACUAACAUUUCAGACCGAAUUCAUCAAUCUUCUGAAGACAUUUUACGAUGUAAUCGGAUCAGUCGAUGAAGAUAUGCAAAUUUACCACGCCCUAGCAGUAGCCGGCACUCUUUUACUACAGUUAGGAGAAGCGGAAAAGAAUUACAUAACAGAAUUGAAGAGUAAUAUUGACGAUGCUAUCAACACAACAGACGACAAGACAUUAUGCGAAGAGAGUACAGAGAAGUCAGACAAAGGAGAAUGGAAACUGAAUUUGGAACAGAUUCUGGCUACUGUUGUCGCUGAACCAUCACUGACAGAGUUUUUCGACAAAAAAUAUUCAUUAAAUGAGAAGGUGAGGACAUUCAGAACAAGAACUAUAUCUACCGAACCGGCUACGUGA